GGUGUAAAAAUAGGGGAGCCUCGAAAACCGUGCGACCUGUAUUCACUCUCCCUCUAUGAUUUCUGAUUUUCCCUCACAUAUUCAAGCGUUUCCCAUUCCCUGUUUCUACCAUUACAAUUCCGUUGCUGAAAGAUCUUUGAUUCACCCGAUAAACUUCAACCAUGGCCGCUGAGGUGACAUCUGAACCAUCCCAGGUGGCUGAAGUUGUGGUUCCCGAAAAACAACAAGAGUAUCCCCCAAAGGAUGCCAAAGAGGUUAAAUUCGCAGAACAGCCUGGCGAUCCGAAGAAAGAUCAUGAGCCCAAAACAGGGGAGGAGUUGAUUGAGGAGACAAAAAUCGAUGGUGAAGCAGGUGAGGCUUCAUCAUCUUCUACUGUUAUUGUGAGAAACGGAACAUUCAAAGAAGAAAGUUAUUUACUUUCUGAAUUGAAGGAACCUGAGAAGAAGGCAUUGAUCAAGCUGAGAUCAUUGCUUCAAGAUGCAAUUCAAGAGAACACCCUUUUCAAGGACGCUAAGGAUAACACCCAAGCGGCUGAAAAUGCAAAAUCAACACAGAAACAAUCAGAAGAAGGCAAAAACAAGGGAAGUGCAACAGCAAAAGAAGAAGAAAUACACGCUAAUGAAACAGACGGAGGAAAAGAAGCGUUAAAACACGGAGGCGAAGAGAAAGAAGAUUCGGUUAAGAAAGAAGGGACACAAGAAGAAAAACCAGCCAACACCAUAGACAAAGGUAAGGAAAUAAUGAAACCCGACCAUGAAGGCAAUGAAAAAGAGAAUCCCCCUCUAACCAUUGAGGAUAUUAGCCUUUGGGGGGUGCCCUUAUUGCCUAGCAAGGGAGAUGAAGGCACUGAUGUCAUACUCUUGAAGUUUCUAAGGGCUAGAGAAUUCGAAGUUAACGAGGCUUUUGAUAUGUUAAGGAAUACCCUUCAGUGGAGGAAGAAAUUCAAGAUCGAUUCCGUUCCGGAUGAAGAUUUUGGGAGUGAUUUAGACUCUGCCGCCUACAUCAGUGGUGUGGACCGUGAAGGCCGUCCUGUUUGUUACAAUCUUUAUGGGGUGUUUGGUGAUGAAGACAUCUACAAUAGGACGUUCGGAACAGAGGAGAGGCGCGAAAAGUUUCUGAGGUGGAGGUCUCAGCAGAUGGAGAAAGGGAUUCAGAAGCUCAAUUUCAAGCCAGAUGGUGUGUCCUCAUUGGUCCAAAUCAACGAUCUCAGGAACACGCCAGGACCGGCCUGGAAGGAGCUCCGGCUGGCCACGAAACAAGCUGUGGGGCUUCUUCAGGAUAAUUAUCCUGAAUUAGUUGCAAGAAAUAUCUUCAUCAAUGUGCCUUUCUGGUACUAUGCCUUCAAUGCCCUCUCAUCACCUUUCUUGACCCAAAGAACCAAGAGCAAAUUUGUCUUCGCUCGGCCUGCAAGGGUUACAGAAACCCUUCUCAGGUACGUAGCUGUAGAGGAAAUUCCAGCGCACUAUGGCGGGUUUAAGAGAGACAAUAACUCCGAGUUCUCUUUUGAAGAUGAAGUCCAUGAGGUCACUGUUAAGGCCAGCUCAACCGAAUCUAUUGAGAUACCUGCACCAGAGGUUGGAACCACAUUGUUAUGGGACUUGACUGUGUUGGGAUGGGAAGUGAACUACAAGGAAGAGUUUGUACCAGAUGAUGAGGGGUCUUACACCUUGAUAGUCCGGAAAGGAAGGAAGAUGGGAUGGCAGGAAGGAUCCAUUCUCAACUCUUUCACAAACAGAGAGCCCGGUAAGGUUGUACUCACCAUUGACAAUGGGUCCUUCAAGAAGAAGCGUGUCCUGUAUCGCUUCAAGACCCGGACUAGCUCAGCUUCCUCUGCAGUCCUUGUCGCUGCCUAAUUGCCAGACAUAACAUGGGUGGAAAUAGAUUGAUCUACCUCUCUUCUUUUUUUCUGUUUUCUUUUUUUUAAUGGUAGCACUUUCUAUAAUACAGGUUCUGAUGAGGGUGAAUGUAACAUUUGAUACUUUGUACCAUGCGUAUUUGAACAUAUGGGCUAUGUGAAACAAUUGCAAAUUUUCCGAUG